CUCGAUCAGUCAAAUUAUAGAGCUUGUGUUGGAGGCGUUUAAUAACUUUUUAAGUCUUUUUCGGUGUUAAAUACAGGGUAAAAAAGCCUGAUAAUUCACCACAAACUAUUCGACAUCAAUUUGGAUAAGAAUAGUCUAAGUCAGACGCUGAAAUAGCAAAGAUGGUCGUGUUAGAAUCUUGUUGGUCGCCCUGCAUUUGGUCUAACGUGAAGACUGGCAGCCGGGCGGUGGCGGUGUACACGGCAGCGAUGAGUGUAGUUAUAAUCACAUUCAUCAGUUACCAGCUAGCAGGUGGUGACUCAGCACAACUAUGGAAUCCUCUGUUUGAAACCGAUGUCCGGGGAUCAAUGAAAGUUUUUGGAGGCAUUUUCAUCUGCAUUCUCGGACUCCUGAUAAUAUCUUCAAUUUGGAUGGUGAUUGGCAUUAAUAUUUGGAUGCGAGGUCUCAUACUGCCCUGGCUGAUCAUCAUGGGACUCAUCAUUUGCUUCCAACUUACCUUCGGGUUGUGGCUAAUAGGGGGCUACUACAUUUAUCUGGAUGCAACAUUUGCAGCCCUGGUUGAUUUCCUGUUUAUGGCUUACAAUAUCUACUGUUGGCUGUGCGUCUUCUCCCAGUAUCAAAUAAUUUUAGAAAUGCAGUCACCUAAUAUAGAAAUGUUGAUCGAAGAAUAACGCUAAGACAGUUUGGCACAAAAAUAAAAUAUUUAGGUAAUGUAUUUCCAAUCUGUAUACAAUGUUCACCGUUUUUUUGGAUAUUUUAAACAGUUUUUGAAAUUGCCGCUAGAGGGCGUUAGUAGUAUCGGAUACAUAUCAUUCAAACUACAUCAUAUUAAAAAUAUGCCUUAAGUUUUUCAAAGUAAUCUGAUAAUGUAAUUUCUAUGUAACCUUUAUUGUUUAAAGUAUUUUUCGUGGAUUUUCUUUUAGUUUUGGCUAAAUUUGUAAGAAGUAUCAAAUUUUCCAUUAGAUAGCGUUAAGUGUUAUGACAAAUAUGACAAUCUGGGAGCCGAUUUUUGAAUUUCGAUAGCUCGAUUUCGUGUUUUGUUCUCCCUUUAAUACUAUCUCCACGUGAAAACAAGUGGUCAAUCAAUACCACUAGAUUUCCAAUUUAUAUCGCUCGUAUAUCAAAAAUAGCGUUUCGCCGUUUUCCACAGAUUUUCGAGUGACGAAAUCGAGCGCUCGAAAUUCAAAAAGCGGCCCCCUGACAAGAAUAUAGGGGAAGAACGACAAAAUGACAGGGUGUUUUGUUUUAGAUUUUAGAAUCAUAUCUCAUAUUUGAAGUAAUUAUAAUCGGUUUUAGUUAUUAAUACUCAUCAUUGGUUCAUUGCACUAAUAUUAACACAGCCUUUUAAUUGAAUAGAAACCAUAUUAAAAUAUAUAUUCUGAAAAAUAUACAGGAAUGCCAAAAACCAUUUUGUCCAUAAAGUAUGGGUAAACUGACACACCAAGUAAGGACAAGGACAUAAUGGCUUACUAAAAUUCUAAGGACAUAAGUUCACAUAAAAAAAAAUUGGUCUUCUUUAAAACAUGUUAGCACAUGAAUCACAAGCCCAAUGAGGCCGAGUAACCAGCAUUCACCAGACUUAGAAUGGAAUUCUAGAAGUCAUUGCAAUUAAUAUAUGGACAUUUGUCGUCAUCCUCUGUAAGAAAAUAGCCUAUGUCGUGCCCAAAUGUGAACAAGACUCAUGAAAAAUCAUAUUUAAUUAAAAUAACUGCAUUCUAGUAAAAUUAAGAUAAAUCACUAGCUAAUAUCAUUGGUCUCCAGUUUUAAUAAAAAUAAUCACAAAUUACUACACUUCUCAUGAAAACUGAAGAAACUGAUAAAACAAACUUUUUUAUUAAAGAGAAGUAAAGUCUUAAAAUUAACAUAUGCUUUUGUGGGCACCAAAACCGUUUACACUCAUAAUUUAAUGUGACUGAGCAAAUGGGGCUGGGCGUCUCGCAGAAUUGUAAAAAUGGCAGUAGUGAGGUGUAAUGUUGCUGUGUCGAUAUACUCGCUACAGCCCGCCGAUUUCGAAAUAAGCCUAAUAUGUCAUUUUGUCCAUAAAUGUCAUUUCGUCCGUAUUUCCUCAAAAAAAUUGUUGUAGCUAUUUUAAUUAAUAAAAUAUCGUAAUAUUUAAGACUUCUGCGUCCGUCCUUUAAUAUUACUCGAGAUUGUAUUUAUACGUGAAAGAUUAUAUUAGCGGAAUAUUAUUAAACUUUAAUUGUAUGUAAAAAUAUACAUAAUAAGUAACGAGUUGUGUUAGGCAAUUAGACUUGACAAUAGUGAGCAUUUAUUAGUAAUCUAUGUAGACAUAUUUACUUGACUCACUAUUAUCACUACGAUUGAACUGACUGACCAUUUUUAAAGUGCCUGACAAGUAAUUUUACUGAAAACAGAAAUAGAUAUAAGGAUAAUAAAAUUCGUUUAAGAAAAAUGGUAGAAUUCCGUCCUAACGCAAUGUUAACUUAUGUUCAUGAAUCUCAUAUUUCUUUGUCUAUUAUUACAUAUUUUAUAAGUAACUUGACUGUAAAUCUAUAAUAUACUGCCUAUGUUUUAGUAUUUUACAUCGUUAUAGGAUUUUAAUGUUUGGAAUAGUUUGGAUAUUUGUGUAUACU